AUGGAGGUAACAACCCAGCCUGGACCGUAUGCACCCUCAAACUUCCAGACAGGACUGUUAGACUGCUGUGAGGACUGUAGCACAUGUGUGUAUGGAUUCUUCUGCCUGCCUUGUUUGGGCUGUACCAUUGCCAGUCGCAUGGGAGAAUGCUGCUUGUGUGGUUUGGGUAUGCCAAUGCGAAGUGUCUACAGAACAAAAUACAACAUCAAGGGAUCUCUGUGUAAAGACUGCAUGGUCUCCUAUUUCUGUCUGCCUUGCUCAGCGUGCCAGUUGAAGCGAGACAUUGAUAGGAGGAAGGAGCAAGGAAUCUUCUGA